UGGUGACUUUCAGGAAAGUGAAUAGGAAGUGCUUUUCUAAACAGCCUGACGGCUGAGGGGUGGCAGCGAGAUUAUAAGAAGUCGGGGCUGGACAGACAGCAGAAAGCCAGCCGUGUCACAAGAGAGAUGGCCAGCUGCCCCAAAGCCAUAUGGAGCUGGAGAUUUCAGAGAGUGGUCUUCAGAUCUGUCCAACUCCUUUGCUUCAGUAUCCUGAUCUUCGAGCUAAUGACCCAGAAAGAAGUAUCAGCAUGGACCUACCACUACAGCGAUAAACCAUAUUCAUGGAAUUAUUCCCGGGCAUUCUGCCAGAAGUACUACACGGAUUUAGUGGCCAUCCAGAAUAAAAAUGAGAUUGCUUAUCUCAAUGAGACCAUACCUUACUACAACUCUUACUACUGGAUUGGUAUUCGAAAGAUCGACAAUAAAUGGACCUGGGUGGGAACCAAGAAGACUCUCACUGAGGAGGCUGAGAACUGGGCUGACAACGAGCCUAAUAACAAGAAGAACAACCAGGACUGUGUGGAGAUCUACAUCAAGAGUCCGUCAGCCCCCGGCAAGUGGAAUGAUGAGCCCUGCGGGAAAAGAAAGCGAGCGCUCUGCUAUAGAGCCUCCUGCCAGGACAUGUCCUGCAGCAAGCAAGGAGAGUGCAUUGAGACCAUUGGGAACUACACCUGCUCCUGUUACCCUGGAUACUAUGGACCGGAGUGUGAAUAUGUCAGAGAGUGUGGCGAAUUUGACCUUCCUCAAAAUGUGCACAUGAACUGCAGCCACCCUCUUGGAAACUUCUCUUUCAACUCACAGUGCAGCUUCCACUGCCCUGAAGGGUACGCACUGAACGGACCUAGGGAGCUGGAGUGCUUGGCUUCUGGAAUCUGGACGAAUUCACCCCCACAGUGUGUAGCUGUCCAGUGCCCGGCUCUGAAGUCUCCGGAGCAAGGAAGCAUGAGCUGUUUCCAUUCCACAAAAGCAUUCCAGCACCAGUCCAGCUGCAGCUUCAGCUGCGAAGAGGGAUUCACAUUAGUUGGGCCAGAGGUAGUGCACUGCACAGCCUUGGGGGUGUGGACAGCCCCAGCUCCAGUGUGUAAAGCCAUUGCCUGUGAGUCCCUGGAGAGUCCUGCCCAUGGAAGCAUGGAUUGCUCCCCGUCUCCGAGAGCAUUUCAGUACAACACCAGCUGUAGCUUUCGUUGUGCUGAGGGUUUCACGCUGAGAGGAGCUGACACAGUUCGAUGUGCUGAUUCGGGAGAGUGGACAGCGCCAGCCCCAGUCUGUCAAGCAUUGCAGUGCCAGGCUCUUCCGACCUCAAACAAGGCCCGGGUGAACUGCUCGCAUCCCUUUGGUGACUAUAGGUACCAGUCGACCUGCAGCUUCACCUGCGAUGAAGGUUCAUUCCUGGUGGGAGCAAGUGUGCUGCAAUGCCUGGAUACAGGGAACUGGGAUGCUCCUUUUCCAGAAUGCCAAGCUGUUACCUGCGCACCUCUGCCAAACCCUCAGAAUGGAGAAAAGACUUGUGUCCAACCUCUUGGAGGUUCCAGUUAUAAGUCCACAUGCUGGUUCACAUGUCAUGAGGGAUUCUCUUUAUCCGGACCAGAAAGACUGGACUGUACUCCAUCUGGACGCUGGACGGGCUCCCCACCAACAUGUGAAGCCAGCAAGUGUCCAGAACUAUCUGCCCCUGAGCAGGGAAGCCUGGACUGUCCUGACACUCGUGGAGAAUUCUUCGUUGGCUCCAUCUGCCACUUCUCCUGUAACGAGGGCUUGAAGCUGGAGGGGUCCAACCAUGUUGAGUGCACAGCUUCCGGGAGAUGGACAGCACCCCCACCAACCUGCAAAGUGGACACAGUAUCAGCUGCUCCAGGGGUGCGAUGCCCAUCCCUCAUCGCGCCAAACCAGGGAACAAUGUCCUGUCAGCAUCAUCUGAGGAACUUUGGUUUGAAUACCACUUGCCACUUUGGAUGCAAAGCUGGAUUCACACUCAUGGGAGAGAGUGCUCUCCAAUGCAGACCUUCCAGACAAUGGACAGCAGUAGCUCCCACGUGCAGAGCUGUCAAAUGCUCCAAGCUACCUGCUACUGAGCCAAUAGUGAUGAACUGCUCCAACCCUUGGGGAAAUUUCAGCUAUGGAUCAACCUGCAGCUUCCAUUGCCCUGAGGGUCAAUUACUUAAUGGCUCAGAAAGAACAGCAUGCCAAGAGAAUGGUCAGUGGUCAACGACCAUGCCAACCUGCCAAGCAGGGCCACUGACUAUCCAGGAAGCCCUGACUUAUGUUGGUGGAGCAGCAGCUGGUACGACAGGCUUAGUGACGAGUUCAAUACUCCUGGCUCUGCUAAGAAGGCGUCGCAGACGAAAAGAUGAUGGAAAAAGCCCCUUGAACCCUCAAAGCCACCUAGGAACAUACGGAGUUUUUACAAAUGCUGCAUUUGACCCAAGCCCUUAAGAGACCUGUCCUUGUCUUGGUGACCUCGUCCAACCCCCACAGGAUCCUAUUCUUGAACAUCAGCUUUCCCGAAAAGACUUGAUUAUAACUGUUGAGUAUUUGCUGCAGUUUUCUGUAAAUACUUGUGAAUAAAGGACAUGGAAUUUCCUUUAGAUUAGUUCUGCACCAGAGCAGAAGGACUGGACCACAAGCCCCAAUUCUCCACCCACCACCCCUUCCUGCUCCAUUUCCUCUUCCUCCAACACAAGCCUCAGAAGCUGGGACUGAGUCUUCCUGCGAUGGUCUGUGGGCUUUGGCCUAGCUGUCACUUGCGGUACUAAUUAGCUAGAGUCCAGAGCAUCUGACUCAGCAGAAGACCAGACUGGAAAAAUAAAAAUGCCUCUUUAUUUUUGGACUGGAGGAGGUUCUCCUCUACUUUGUUGGAAGGCAGGAAGUGUC